UCACCUUUGAAUCCGCCGGAAUUGCUGCUUUUGUUGCUGUGGAUGCCAUUGCUCACGAUGUAGAGGCUUCCCCUGAUGUAGCUGGCAUUGUACCUUUAGCUACAGGCAAUGAUGCUGCAGAAAAUUGCCGUGCCUUAGGGCUGAUUUAUACGUCGCGCUUAUCUCGCACCAAAUCUAAUAUAAUUAGAACCGACGAAAGCGCGAGUUUGGCGCGACAAAGGAGUUUGAUUUUGAUUUAGACGAUGAACUUUCGUCGUGCCAAUAGCAAAAUACACUUCUGCGAGUUGCCAGCCACAGGGAACCAAUAAACUGAAAACACUCGAAGCAAAGACAAAUCACGUAUGGCGCCCUUCACGCAUCUAAAGAAAGUGCUUCUUCUGAAGUCGCUUAUUGGAGCCAGGAGAAGACGACAGAAUAUGCAAGCAAUGAUGAUUAAUUUGAUGAACAGAAGACGGUGUAGGCUUUUGCGGAUUCUUUUUUUGCUACAGUUGAUUCUUACUGGUUUACAACAAGCAGUUGCAGUGCCUAUUAGGCCUAGGAUAAGAUCAUGCCGUAGGUUGCAGCGAAACACUGGUUGGUGGAACCUCGUUUGGACAGUAUAUUCCGAGAAAAGGUUUAAAAAGACAUUUAGAAUGACUAGGCAAACAUUUUCCUUAAUUCAUGAUAGAAUCAAGGAUGAUUUAACGAAGGAGAGCGUCACAGAAGAACCAAUUCCAUCCCAGAUGAGACUAGCAAUUUGCUUGUAUCGACUCAGUAGAGGAGACUACUACAAUACCAUUUCAGAGCUAGCUGGUGUCGGUGAAACAACUGUGUGCAACAUAGUGAGAGAGGUAGCUAAGGCAAUCAUUGAAAAUUUAUGGGAAGAAUUUGUUGAGGCCAAAUUUCCACAUAGCAAGGACACACUGAAUGAGAAAAUGAAAGAAAUGGAACAAGAAUGGCAGUUUCCUUUUGCAUAUUCUGCAAUUGAUGGGUGUCACAUACCAAUUAAGUGCCCACCUGGUGGCCAAGAGUCAUGUAAAGAAUUUCAUAAUUUUAAGAAUUUCUACUCAAUCGUUCUAAUGGGAAUGGUAGAUGCCAAAUAUCGAUUUAUAUGGGCAAGUGCUGGUUGGCCUGGCAAUUCACAUGAUGCCAUAAUCUUUCAAGCAACAAACCUUUAUACCAAACUAGCUGAAGGUACAGCCUUUCCACCUAUUGCCCAUCAUGAGAAUGGCGUCAGUAUUCUACCUUUAAUCCUGGGAGAUUCUGCCUUCCCCUUCAAGCCUUGGCUGCUGAAGCCUUACACAAAUGCUACACUGAUGCCAGAGCAGAGCUAUUUCAAUUAUAGGUUGAGUCGAGCACGCAUGGUAACAGAGUGUGCAUAUGGACAACUGAAAGGUCGAUGGAGAGUCUUGCUCAGGAAGUCUGAGAAUGAUAAGGAAACAGUACGUGCAGUUACACUAGCUUGUGUAGUACUACAUAACAUUUGCAUCGAACAAGGAGAUUUGGCUCAAAGGCAAUGGGACCUCUCCAAAGAUUCAGCAUCAAAUCAAAGACGUACACAAGAAGAAGUCCAAGACCUUCUUAUGAUAAGGCAAUGCAGACCUCUAAGAGAUACAAAUCGUUCUGCAGCACAGGUUCGUGAUUAUUUGAAAGACAAGUUAUUUUUAGAAAAGCAGCAAGUUUAGGGGAUGCAAAGCUCCCAUACUUUCAAUACUCUCCCUCCCUUAAUAGUAUCCCCCUAACUCCAAAAUUUUACAAAAUUACCAUCUAUUUCCAUUUAUUAAAACCCCCCUAAAAAGGAAAAAAAUGCUUUUUUCCAUCCACCCCCAUUUAUUAGACAACACCCCAAAGGCUAUUGGCAGCUAUUUUUGAUAUUUUGCAAGAUUCAAGGGGCUAUUAGAAGCACUGAUUGGCUUUUACCCCAUUUGAGAGCAGAACGCUGAUAGGUUGUUUACAUUUUUCCUCCUUGUUAUAUGAAUUGGUAUAGUAUCUUUUAGUAUCGAAAUAUCUUUUCAACAAAAUGUAAAAAAGGUAAUGUUACCCCCCAACUAUUAACAUCACACCCCUAUUUAAGCGCUGCAUGACAAAAUCAACCCAUUUCCAUUUAUUAACACCCUCCACAAUUAUUUAUCCUGGGCAAAUUUCCAACUGCCUCUUUUUAAUAAGUCCCCCCUACUAUUAGGGGAUGGAGAGUAAGCUGCAUCAGCUUUGGAAAACUGACAAAGUUUCAAUUAUAAUUCUUGACAAUUGUGAUUUCUGGAGCCACUUUGACACUAUUUAUACACUACUUAUGUUCUUAUGUUGUACAUUGUAGUUUGUAUUAAAUAAU